AUGGAACCCAACGCUGCUUUUUUACGAAACGCCUCUCGCAAAAGAAGAAUCUGCCGAGCUCGCUCAAACGCAGCCACACACCUCAGCUUUCAAAAGAGCGCCAACCUACUCUAUGUCUCUUUCCUAUAUCUCAAUUUUCUGAAUCUAAAUCACGCAUUUGCCUCUGCUGAAUCUCAACACACCUAUGGCUACAACGGCUACUAUUCCGGAUACGCUCUUGAUGCUUUACCCGUUAUUUCAAUCGACGACAACGCUCCCUACGAUCUCGAUGUCGUCAGCAACGCUUCUUCUCCUUCCUCCUGGAACAAACUCGACUGUCUGACCAACCAGAACAGCCUAGGCUUCGCCGACCGGGCUCGCUUCGGCGAAUCGUCGAAGCUUCGCUGGAUCAAUCAGAAACUGUGGAAUGUGACUUGGUUCGCCUUUCAGAGCUUCGAUGCCGCGAGUGGCACCCUUGUACAUAAUUCUCAACACACUCGCGUCAACGAAGACGGAUCACUUUCCAUCCACGUCGAUCUGAUCAACCCAGCUGAUGCCACAAACGAUACUCUUUACUUUGAAUGCGUCCUCGAAUACAUCGGCCAUCGACGACAAAGUUUGGAGAAAAUCAUGAAAUCGCAGUUUCCCGCUUCGACGCUGAAUAUGAAAGCGAAUGAGCGUCAAACUGGCUGGCUUACUUUGGCAAAAGAACUCCCAAGGCAGAACUACAGCAGAUCCAGCUGCAUCAACGCUCAAGGAAGACGCUAUAAAUGCCCAAAAACGCGCAAGAAAAUCAUCUGGCGCUCUCGUCGCGCGCGUUACAGAAUUCGCCGGCCACGAUCGCCACCGAAAAUAAAAUGCUACAACGAUAUGAAACGAAAACGCGAUUCUAAAGACGAGCUUGUCGUUCUUCCGCAGUUAAAGGAAUGCGAAGAGAUUUAUGAAGAGUCAGCGUUCGUUCUUGAUUGCUCGAUUGAGGGCCAGAAUUACCAGUCGGAUGAAGCGAUCUGGUUCAUGAAUGGAACGAGACUGGAAAAGCAAAAGUUUGGCUUUAAACCUGCGACUCUAGAAAAUGGUAUUGACGCGUUGGAAAUCUUCCUCGUCAACGGUCGCCUCCACAUCAGCCGUGCCAUUUACAAUUCCACCGACUUUACUUGUCAACUUCUCGGUCUCGAAUCGCUUCCCUUCACUCCAGUUCUCCUUCCUUUCUCUUUUGAUUCUAGAGAAAUGCCCCCGAACGCUCCUACUGAUUGUUUCUUUCCUGGAAUCCUGGACGCGCACAAACACAUUUUUACAACCGAGUCGGAGUCGUUGACCGCAUUUGUCGUUCAUAGAAUCGAAGCCGGUAAUGCGUUCAACUUCGAAGUUCUCUGCCAGCCGGUUGCGUUGACGGAAGAGAACGCGCAGGUCUAUUUCUGGGCAAAUAGGGAAAUUUUCCUCAAUGAAAGUCUACACCAGCAACUCUACGACCCUUGUAUUGCUCCUUCUUCCCCUUCAGGCUCUGAAAAGAUCAGCUACAGAACCAUCUACGAUCAGGAGAACGGGAACUCUCGCACUUCCCGAAUUCACCAUUUGCUAUCGCCAAUUUUUCACGAUCUCCAUUUGCGAAGCCUAAAAGCGGAUAACGAAAUCAUGUUCCGCGAAAACAUCUUCGCGAGCUCAAAAGAUCGAAGCAUUGACUUCAAUCUCGGUAUGCGAAUAAACUAUUUCGGUCAGCAAGUUAAUUUUGAUUACAACGCGCUUGUGCAGAUUUUGACGCUUCCGGAUGUGCUUAUGCAAUAUCGAACUGUUAAGGAAAUGCUACAGUUUGAGAUCGAUGGUUUCAGCAGCAAAAUGGAUCGUUCAAACUGGUCCAAGCGAGCAGAGUACAGCCUCAUUGAAGAAGAAACCAUCCUUACCUGCCAUGUUCAAGGCCAAAAUAUAGAGAACUGGAGAUUUGAAUGGCUCCACGAUGGAAAACCUAUACGAAAUCGCGAGUUUAGAACAGUUCUUCGAAAAGCAAGGAAAAUUACGGAUAACCGAGGAACAAAUGAUGUCGAUAAAGCGAGGCAACUUUGCUUUGUUUUCAACAAGGGCGAUCAAAGAGGAAUCGACGAAUGCCUGGAAGAGCAAAAGCUAUUUGGAUAUUUGCCAGACGAGGCUGUAGAAAUCCUGCCCGAAUUCGACCCUGAACUUGGCUCCGACGGUGUGAGCACCUCCUUCACCGACAUUUGCCGAGAGUAUACGAAUUCCGAGAAGAACGAAACUUGCAUUCAAAUGAAAUACAAAUACCUCAAACAUCGCUAUGCAAGGAUGGACCUUUACAUCACCCCGAACAAGGCGCGCGGCAGCUUCCAGUGCCGAGUCACAUCAGAUCUUGAAGCUGAAGGAAGUGUGAUCAAGACCUUUGUCUUUUUCGACUCUUACGACUCUUACUACACACCUGCUGCGCUUUCUCUCGUUCAUGAUUGGCGACCGCGUCCGUCUUUUGGCGCCCCAAGUGUGUUCUCCGCCAAGUUCUCCGACAUCUUUACCCACGUUCAACCAAUGAAGCUCGUUUGCCAGUUGUAUGGAAUUGACGAAGCAGACGUUCGGCGAUUCGAUUAUACAGAGCAUCAUGCGGGUGUGCGAGGCGAUAUGACGCGAACCAAGGGACACUGGCCCUCAUUAUUGUGGAAGCAGAACGGGGAACGCUUCCAGCCGGGCGAGGGGAACAGGCUUUAUCGCCACCAGGACGAGAGCUACAUAUUCCAAGCUGAUACGCUCGGAGAUCCGACGGGGCGCUUCGGGCGCUGGAACCCCGAUCAGAUUUGGGAAACGGACGAGUCAAUGGCGCACCUCGCAAAACGCAUCAAAAAUACGGAUAAAGCCACGAUCAUGUCGGAACUCCUGAUCUACGACUUUAGCCACGGCGACGAAGGAAGUUAUUCCUGCGAGUUUGACCUUGCCAAGGCGCGUCUGAACACUCCAAAUGCGAUGAAUCGAGGAAAAAUGGAAAGCUUCGCUCUUAUGAUUGAAAGCGUCGAACCGAGCAACACUCAGUUGAAAGAAAAAGUAGGCGUUAAGAUCACUUGGUCCGUGCCGUUUGAAGUUUGCGACGGGCAACGAGCAGACGACUGUAAUGAGAAUAUUAUGGUUCGAAAAGAACAUCGACAAGCAGCAAAAGAAGCGUCGUUUUUCUGGGAAAGCUUUGAUAGAUCUGAAACGCGGUUCGCGAUCAUGCUUUAUCCAAGACGGAGAUUUCGGAACGCUGCUUUCACUCCUCCGGAAGGGCAAAACCCGACGCUACAAAUUGAUAUCGCCAGCAAGACCGGCGAAAAUGACCCAAUUUAUGAGCGCGUGUUGGAUCCUGAAAACACUCUGUUGGGCCAUCAUGAUUGCGAUCUUGACAAUAUCCGAUGCUUCGUUGAUCCGAAGUUUAUCUGGUCGAAAUGUGAAGAACUUAUAGAUAUUCUAGAGCGAUUGGAGUGUGAUCGAUAUCGGCGAGCGCUCAGGACAAGGAUCGUCUGCAGCUGUACUUUCAGAGAUCCUUCGAAUUUGAGUGAACGGGACUUCGGCAGACGCGGGCGAUUCGAAUACGGAGUCGAUUACGAGGUCCAGGUCCGAAUGAAGACCGGCAAAUUCAGUCAAUCCACCGGCUUCGACUUCAGUGAAUACCUCGUCGCGCACAAUCGGCCGAUCGUGCGCGUUCCUGUUCCAAAAGACUCGGACGAUUUUGACCACUUCAGUCCUGCUAGAAUCAACCGCGAGGAAUCAAACGUCCUCAUCGACGGCAUCGCAAGAAUUCGUUGGGACUACACUUUCGAACAUCCGGAGAGCUUCUUCAAUAAGCAGAAAUUCCAACCAAUGAUCAGUUCUCAAACACUCGUCUGGGGAACCCUCUCUCAGCACCUCAAAGUCCGCCAAAUCCUCUCCCCUGAAUUACGAAUUGUCGACAUCGGCCCUUUCAGCCCCUGGGAGAAUUUCACUUACGUGGUUCAUCUCGAGACAACGUUUGUUUCGGACCCAGAAGUGAUCAAAAAGUCGCAGAACUUCUUCGUAAAUGGCGAUAAUUUGAACAGAUUCGAUCGCUGUCAGGAUUCGCGUCGAGGAGCUCCUGUCCGCGACCUCUGGUCAUCCCUUGAUUCUGAUUUCUCUUCCCUGACCGUUAAUUACCGCUUUCCAACGCUAAACAGAAACGAGUACGCGAAUGUAGAAGUCUUCACGACCAAUUUUACCCAGCUGGCGCAAGUCAAUCCAGGGAGAAUUGAAACAGAAACAGAUAGAACUAGCCUUCGCGUUUGCGAUGUUGCCUACUCUCCGAAGCCGUUGGCGCUAGAAAUGAGCCUGCAGAAGCCAAUGAGUCGUUCCUUCGCCGUGGCGAUGGACAUCUAUGACUUCAAGAAGAUCAAGUCACAGCCAGCGCAUAAUAUUUUGGUAAAUGAAAAAGAGGGGUUAUUCGCAGCGAAUAUUCUUCCCAAAUGCGACAUUUUGCUCACCACGCCCAACGAAGAGCCGUCUGAAUUGCAGGAAUUGACCUGGAUCUGCCCGAAUCACACGAACAUCGCCUUUUUCGGCAAUAGCGAGCAUCAGAAACAGCGAAUUUUGACUAGUUCAAAAAGUAGAAAACGUUCUUCGGCGUGGAAGCCUACAGACGAACUCUCCUUCAUUCAGCAACUAAAGAAUCUUGAUUAUCUUCAAUAUCUUCUUUUCGAGCUUCGAUGGUCCUUCAAGAGCGAGCACGGCGACUGGAAAUACACGCAAAUUCCCUUCGAGAAGGUGGUAAAUCUGGACAAUGGAAAACUCAAAAAUGUCCUUGGAACCAUUUCCGAUCCGUUCAAAUACAAAUGGGAAAAACCCCAGCCGCCUAAAUCGUCAAAACCAACUUGUGACAAGACAGUCGUCGGAAUAAGAAUGAUCCUCAGAAACUCUCAAAAUAGCGGGGAAUUUAUCACAUCGAAUUUUUCAAACGAAGUCAGUUUUGCGGCUCAAGAUGAAGACAAUCUGACCCCUCUUUCGGCGGUCGUCAUUUACCACGGAACAAAUCACAUGAUCCAGGUUUUGCCGGAUACAGCGCCGCAGCAGUACUGUAGCCAGGAGACGUAUUUGCAAAUCAUGGUCAAGAAAGUUGACGAGAAGUUGCGGGAUGGAGAAAAUAACGCUACGGAGUGGAUCGGCUGCUCUCUUUUAUCAAGCGACACAGCAAGCAACAAUCUGAUUUCCAUUUCCAAAAUGUACAACAAACAAGGAAUCCCAAAAACCGUCAAGGAGAUCAUGGCUAACUCGAGCGACUGCGCGCUCUACAAGUUCAAAACGCGCAAGGCCGUCAAGAACAACAAAUUGCGCCCAAAUCGGCAAAAGAUCGACCGGGAACGAUGUCUUAGUCCAGAUGAAUUCGAAAAGUCGUCCGAUUGGACAAGCUGGAAAACGAUGCACAAUUCAGAUUGUGCUCAGCCGACGCCCGCGCCGAUUCCGCAGAUAAAUGCUACAAGUGCGAAAAAGAGCGAGCAAGAGAAAGAGCCGGAGUGCGACUUCAAGUUCAAGGGCUCUUGUCUCAACCCGCGAAUAGUGCUUGCCGUCUUCAUAGUCCUGGUCCUCCUUAUCAUUCUCAUCCUCGUUUCAAUUUACGUCUGUCUCUGUAAAAAGUAUUUCUCCCAACGCCGCGAUCAAAUGAACGAUCAGGGAACUGGCCAAUAUCCCGCUAAUCAGCUUCACGAUGGUACCAUUACUGCCAAGCCCUUUAAAGACGAUAACUGCUCGCGACAAGACGAAAACCUCCCGCUCAUGUCUCUCCCUCAAGAUUCUCGAUUUGCUACUGAAAUUUGUCCUGACACGCCGCUCCUCGGUCACGAGAGUCCAACACAGCUCCAAGACUCUGAUUUGGAGAAACGAGAAAGCUCCACUUUUCCGUCCAGACCUUCUACGCCUUCGGAAAAAGAGACUUCUCUUCGGCUCCAGCAUUCAACAGAAUUGGUCGCUUUGGCCACUAGCGUCGGAGAAUCGCUUCCCUCUUCUCACAAUAGUCUCAGUAACGGCGAGUCCUGCUGCUCGUCAAGCAGCCUGGACGAGAUUGCAAAAGUAAAAACAAACAUUCGAUUGUUUGAGCAAAAAAACGAAACAAGUUCAAGCAACAAAAACCCCUCCUCCGCAGUUCAAGAGAUGUACCCGCGCAUUUUACAAAGCUCGCUGCUUGGCGAUAAUGCCGACAAUCGCCACCACUGUCCAGGCUAA